AUUACAAAAAAAAAAAAAAAAAAAUAAAGACCAUUAAAUCCUGCAACAUGUGCCAUGCUGAACGCCUCUUUUCCCUUUUAGUUUAACAUUUGUCAUUCUCACAUAAAAAUCCAAUUUGUAAGCCAUGGACAAGCCUGACUUUAAGUAUCUGCCGACCCAACAUCCCAUCAGUAAUGAAGAAGCACUGGCUGAAGCGGAAGUGUCGAAUCGCAUAGCAGGUCAAUAUGCUGAGGAACGCCAACACGGUUCAGCUCGCUCCUUUGAAGAUUUAGAAUUGGAACCUCCUAACAGUAAAGAUCGAGUGGAUCCCGAAAAUUCAUCAUGGGUUGAUGCGCCAAAGAACCAAGUUGAAAUUUGUAAGUCCUUGCAACAUAGCUUCUACUGUACUCAAAAACUCAAACCUACAGCAUUGAACGUAGUAGCGGCACCUGAUAACAUUUUACCCAAAUUAAAAGAUGAAACUCCUAUGAAGGCCGUCGAAAAGAGCAACGAAUGGAUUGCACAACACAUGGAUACAGACGACUCGACAUCGGAUAAAACAAGUAACAAGCAACAAUCUUCUCCUUAUAAGCAGUUGCCCGACGGUACUUCAGAGUUAGUGGGAUAAUCAUGAAAACCAUCCUUGACACGUUUGUAAUCUAAAUUAAUGUAAUCAAUACGAGAUAACCAGCAUUUCAAACUGUAUAAUAAAAACGAAAACAAAAAAGAAGCAC